CAGAUAUCUCUUUUUGGUUAAAGAUAUUAACCAAACAAAUGAUGGAUGAAGGAUAUCAACCAGACCUGAUUCAUUAUUGACAGCUUUGAUGUGAAUCCGGGAGGAUCCUUUUGAAUCGAGACCUAUGCUCUGUUAUGGCAAACCGUCGUCUGCUUGGAGUUUUCGGUGUACUGAUUUGUCUUAUCGUUGCAUGCGGAGCAACCACGUAUAUGGUUGGUGACACAGCUGGUUGGGAUAUUAGUAGCGAUCUUGAUUCGUGGGCGGCCGAAAAGAGAUUUGUAGUUGGUGAUGUACUUGUAUUUCAAUACUCAUCAUCAGGAGAUAGUGUAUGUGAGCUCACAAAACAAGAAUUUACACGUUGCGACACCAAUAAUGCUGCCCGAAGAAGCACUUCAGGAAACACAACCUUCACCUUGACAAAGCCAGGAGACCGAUACUUUGCUUGUUGCAACCAACUUUACUGCCUCGGAGGGAUGAAGCUCCAGGUACAUGUAGAAUCAAACUCGACGAAUGCUUCACCGGUGGGAGCACCUGUAGCAGCACCGGGGCCUGUAGGUUUACUCCCAAGAACUUCUAAGAGCAAUAACCCUGUUCUUUCCUCUUCGGCUGAGUUUGUCAAAGUUGGCAAUCCUUUCGUUCUAUUUUUUCUUGGUUUUCUCUGCUACUCGAUUCUCGGUAAUGGUAUCGUUUGAUUAUUCUUGACCAUGGAAAUAUGAUUGAUAAAAUAGUUUCAGUUUGUUGAUUUUAUCAAUAUACAUAUGUUAAGAUGUAUUUGACGCAUUCUUUGUACUAAAACAUGAGCUAUUGACAAGAAAUAUACAUUAUCUUGCAUUCUUCUCCU